CCGCCCGCAGCGCAGCUUAGCUAUCUGAAUGGGUGUAUGUGAGUGUGUGAGCUUUACAGCUUUCAGGGCCGAACACUGAGGUGUCAGCACAUCCGGACACAGGACAGCCAUGGCCCUGCUCGAUCUCGCUCUGCAAGGGUUUUCCAUCUUCGGAUUUGUGUUGUUUAUCGUCCUCUGGCUCAUGCACUUAGUCUCCAUCAUCUACGUCCGUCUGCAUCUCAACAAGAAGACCACAGACAAGCAGCCGUACAGCAAGCUGGCCGGGGUCUCGCUGCUGAAGCCCCUCAAAGGAGUGGACCCCAAUCUAAUAAACAAUUUAGAGACGUUCUUCGAGCUGGAUUAUCCAAAGUUUGAAAUUCUGCUCUGCGUCCAAGACCACGAUGAUCCGGCCAUCGAUGUUUGCAAAAAGUUACUAGGCAAAUAUCCCAACGUCGACGCCAGGCUUUUUAUAGGUGGAAAGAAGGUGGGAAUCAACCCCAAAAUAAAUAACCUCAUGCCGGCUUAUGAAGGAGCAAAAUAUGAACUUGUCUGGAUCUGUGACAGUGGCAUUCGGGUAAAGCCAGAGACGCUGACUGAUAUGUCCAAUCACAUGACUGAGAAGGUUGGACUGGUUCACGGUCUCCCUUACGUGGCAGACAGACAAGGAUUCGCCGCCACAUUGGAGCAGGUGUACUUUGGAACAUCGCAUCCCCGUUCCUACAUCUCGGCCAAUGUAACGGGAAUCAAGUGCGUCACGGGAAUGUCGUGCCUCAUGAGGAAGGACGUCCUGGACCAGGCCGGCGGGCUGAUUGCCUUUGCGCAGUACAUCGCUGAAGAUUACUUCAUGGCCAAGGCCAUCGCAGACAGAGGAUGGAAAUUUGCCAUGGCAACACAGGUAGCCAUGCAGAAUUCGGGCUCAUACUCCAUUGCGCAAUUCCAGUCGCGCAUGAUCAGGUGGGCCAAGCUGAGAAUCAACAUGCUGCCAGCCACCAUCAUUGAGCCCAUCUCUGAGUGCUUUGUGGCCAGUCUCAUCAUUGGCUGGGCGGCCCAUCAUGUGUUCCGCUGGGACAUCAUGGUGUUCUUCCUGUGCCAUUGUCUGGCAUGGUUCAUUUCAGAUUACAUUCAGCUUAGAGGAGUACAAGGUGGACCUCCAUCUUUCUCCAAACUUGACUACGCAGUGGCCUGGUUCAUCAGGGAGUCCAUGACCAUUCAGAUCUUCCUGUCCGCUCUUUGGGACCCCACGAUCAGCUGGAGGGCGGGCCGCUACCGCUUACGUUGCGGCGGUACAGCGGAAGAAAUCUUGGAUGUUUAACCAGCACCAAGUGCCAGGGACUAAUGCACUGUUGGUCGAAAACAAACAAAAAAAUACAGGACUGCGAAGACCCGGGCACAGAUGGACUAACGAACUGAAAACUCUUGAGUUUUAUUCCAACUUCUGAUAGUUUUUAACCUGUGACUUUAGCUUGAAUAGAUGAUUUAUGUUCUCGGUGCUUAUGUUUUCCUGUGAGGUCUCUGACAUAUCGAGGCCUCGUUCUAGAUGAGCCAAAAGUUGUGAAUGGGUGCCGAUGAGGAAAUGAUGCUCUAUAACGUGGUCGCACUUCAGUGAGCAUUGCAAACGUAACAGAAACGCAUCCAAUUUUUGCUUUUACGUUUUUAACGUCCUGGCAACAUGAAACAUGUGCAUUUUAUCAUGUGUCUGGAUUAAUGGUACGGCUUUAAAAGAUGAUAUUAGCACGAACAUGUUUCAACGUGAAGUUUUAAAACUGAAUGGAUCACUUGCUUAUCACAGUUUUGCUCUCAAUGUAAACCACUCUUGCCAUAAUUUUUAAACGGGAGGACUUCGCAAUGCUCGAAAUCGAUCCAUUCAGAUCCAUUUUAUGUUUACUUGGAGCAAUGCUUUCUGUAGAUGCCGAGGUUAUACGUACGAGGGAAAAGUGACCGCGCGAUGCGUAUCCUCAUACGUCACAGGACUUGUAAAUGCCUGAAAAAGUAGAACAGUAUUUAAACACAAGGUACAGAGAUUUACGUUUUCUUCAAUAUGAUAUUUGCAGAUUUAUUCGCAUACAAAGACAGAGUGCCAUUUGAAAAGCAUUGAUUUUCUUUCCUCUUUCCCCUCUUUCGCUUGCUGUAAAAGACGCACUCGUCACUCUUAUUCCAAGUCCAGGGUUUGCUUAACACAUAUAAGGCAUUUUUCUUUCGCACUGCUUUCGCUCUGUCAGUGUUUUUCCGCUUUAACUUUUUAACCGGAUACGCACAAUUUCACUAUCUUGUCCAAUCAUUUCAUCUAAUGGCAUUUCCCUUAGCCAAUUUAACCCAUAACGCAAACACUUGAACUGAUUUUUAUAUCAACUUUUUUAUUUAAUUCGGCGUAAAUUUAUGACUGAGAUGAUGACUGAAAUGAUUAUAUAAAUGGCAGAUGUGCGCCGACAGGUUAACAAUCUGAUUCAUUUCAAAACAAUCACUGUGGGCAAGAGCGACAUGAAUCAUUUCCUCGUUCUUUAACAUAUUAAGCAUCGCAACUAAGCAAACAAUCGCCAUUGUCUUCUUCACCCCGUAUCUUCCUAGCAGUCUUGAUGAACUGCUUUUUUCGUUCCCAAAACCGCUUACUACUCAUUCCUUCAACUAUCGCUUUUUAGAGGAUUCAUGGCUUUUAUCGUUAAGAACCCAUGCCAACACUGGCAGUAUUGUUUUAAAGAUAACUUCACUUAGAUUCGCAAACCCACCGUGUGUGAAUCAGGAAAAACGUGUUGGUGUGAGCGACGUGCAUGUGCCUUGAUUCAAAGCUGCCAUUCAGUUUUUCUCAUUUGGACUUUAAGACACCGUUUUAGCCCAAUGCCAAAUUGAUUUUAUAAGAAGUAUUUCUUAUUUUAUUUAAAUUCGAAUGCAUUCGUUCUGAUGAAAAGUUUGGGCUGACCAUUGAAAUAAACUUGUGUUUUGUGCACGAAGCCAAGAAAUGCAUACUCUUAUACUUAACGUGGCAGUUUAAGUAAGAGUCUGGAAUAAAUCAGUUAGCAAUAAUGAGUUUUUCAAGUACUAGGAUUAAUACUGCAAUAUUCAGGCUGUGAAUCGGAACUUUUCUUUUCCAGACCCAUUUUUAGUCCACAUUUACUAAUAUAAACAUUUCAGAUGUUUUCUUUUUCAGAUAAGCUGUUCAUCGCACAAACAGUGGGCUUCAUUCGUAAAACACAAAUAGUUUUCGCAUUCAAUCGAAUAAUCUGUAAAAUGUACUUUCGUAAAUGGAUGCGUUGAAUAUUAGGCAAUAAUGGACGGAAGAAUGGUUUCGCGAGUAAUUCUGUGCAGAAACUUUUAUGAGCGAAUUUUUACGUAAAAAUUUGUUCUGUCUGGGUUUCAGAGUUUUUGGGCUCGGUAAACGUACCGUUGCAUGAACGCAUUCAUCCAUUGUUUAUCAGUAAAACUUGAUACACCACAACACAAACAAAAGCGCUUUGGUUUGGGAAGAGGAAGGCUGGGUUUUUCAACAGUUCCUCUGUUGAUUUUCUACCCAGAUCUGUCGGUUUCUUAUUUUAGGUUUGUGAAACGUGUCAAUGAGUCACUCGUAAAUUGACCUCAUUUUUGGAAAGUCUACAAUGCACUGUAUAUUUCCUGUUUAGACUUUUCCUUUCUGCGUGGGUGUAAGCGAUUCUUACUGAAGCUUAUGACCCGAUAUCACAAUUCUGGAUGGAUUGUUUUAUCAAAAUAUCUUGUGGGGAGUUGGACUUUUUUUUCAAAAUGUGUUCAAUAUGUUUGUCGAUAGAGUUUUAUAGAUGGCUGGUGACCCACAUGGUGUCAUGUGAAAAGUGUGGACAUGAGGACGUAUUUCUAAUCCACCCUUGACGCAUGAGAGUGCUGGCAGGUGAUUCGGGAGGUUUUUAGACAUGGCCAAUAUACAUUAAAAGGUGUAGUUCACUUUCAAAUGAGCCCCCAUUGACUUUCCAUAGUCAUUUUUAUUCCUACUAUGGAAACUCAAUGGGGGCUUAUUUUAAAGUGUGAUGUCUUGUGCUAUGUUUAAUAUAUUUUCACUUCUCACUCUUAAUGCAACGUAUCAGCGUUCUAUUAUCAUAACCGAGAAAAUCGACCGAAAGAAACUACUGCUCACUUUACGGUCACCAGUCAGAGACACAAAAAAAGUCUGGUCGUGAUCCACUGCUUCUUUUAUGUGCUGUAAAUUGAAGCAUCAUUUUUAAAAAGAAAAUGUACAGUUUAUUUAUGAAGUUUGGUUGAAAACCGUUAUGUACACUGCUUCAUGUCGCUUUAAUUUAUCAAGUGGUUGUUAAUCCUCCACGAUUUUUGUCCUAUUUCAGCAGUUGUAAGGGUGGACAAACUUCAGUUCUUUUGAAUAUCUUGUGUUUGUUUUGUAGAUGUUGUGUAAUGUACUCUGGAUGCAGAACGCAUAAACCACAGCUGGAAACUGUGUCACUGUAGAUAAAUUAAAGCUUUAUCAAGCAAUUUAAAA